AUGUACAAGGCCAUCCUCUCGGGCUUACUUGAUCAUGAUAAAAGUAUCUCUGACAUUCAAGGCAGCUGCACUGCCGAAGCGUGCAAAUGGCAAGAUUAUACAACUCUUGCCAUCUGCGCGUCUGUGGAAGAGGUGAAAGGCGAAAUUCGUAUUGACAACAGCACGCGCUGGGGUUCCAUCCCAUAUCUUAAAAUAUCUGGAACAUCGUGGAAUCCUCCUAUGCAGCUAUCGGUUGGUGGUUCCGUACCUGAUUCAUUCUGGAUGGCUGCUCCAUUCAAAGAUUCAGCGAACAUCACCGAUGGUCACCUACCCCCGGUCUCAGACAUAUACACUGCCUACUUCCCCGCGUGUAAUGCCGAGAAGAAACAACCUACUCCCGCAGAAUGGAGUGAGAGACUUCGCGAGGCGGCGAAUUGGAAGGCAUUGAAAGGAUCUUUGAACCUUUGCUUACAGACGCUCAGUUCCGAAUACAACAACACAAUGAAGACGAGGAUAAUUGACACAAAGAAUGAUCUUCAAUGGGCUGCACAAGACCCACGUGACGAGGACACGACAAUUUGCUUGUCAGAGCCUUAUAACGGUGAUUCAUUCUGCGUGGGCGCAAAGGAUCUGUGGCGAUGGUCGUCCGCACUCGACCGUACACUGGAAGGUGCAGCCAUGAUUGCAGAGGAUUAUGACAAUUACUACUCUGGUCAGUGGGUCCCAAACAUAGUUGGCGACAUCCUAGGUCCAACUCCAGCUACUUGUGACCCCAAUUUAGAAUCGAACUACGGUGUCGAAGGCUUCAAAAGACGUAUCGACAACAUCGCCAUAGCCAUGAGCAAUGCCUUGCGGGCUGGCAACACGACCUCCCCACUGUCCAUUGUUCGUGGGUCUGAAUGGAACUCUGAGCAGUAUAUCGCAGUCGACUUUAACUGGAUCAUACCUCCUGGGGCGAUAUAUCUUGCCAUCACCAUGUUCCUUUUUGCGACCAUUUUCAAGUCGAAAAACAUGGAGGUGCCGCUUUGGAAAACAUCGCCCAUGGUCUUGCUACAUACGACCGAGCGUAACAACGGUAUGCAGACGCUCAAGCAAGUGGAUCAAGAGUCGCAUCACACCAAAGUGAAGCUGCAGUAUACGGGAGAGAACUGGCAUUUGCAGGAGGUCACGGGCAGUCGCAUAUAA